CGGAUUAAUCACCUUCCGAAAGAGAGAAAUAAAACGGGAGAAAAUUAUAAACAGGGGUCUACUUCACAAAUUAACGGCUGGUGAUUGCAUCAGGAGCUGUCCUUCUGCUGCUGCUGCUUUCGUUUUCUUCAACUCUGUCGAGAAUUAAUCAAUCUCUCUCUGACUAUCUCUCUGGCUCUUGGCAAUUUGCAUGUUUUACUUGUUCAAAUUAAGGAGGCUGCAGUGGAAUUUUUCAGAAGCUGUUUGUGGUAUAAACGACAAGUCUUGAGUUCUUGAAAAUCUUGGGAUUUUCCGAACAAGGAGGUCUGAAGUUGGAAUUUUUCGGAUUGGUUUUUGUUUUCUAGGGAAAAAUUGAAGGGUUUGAGUUGUCGGGUUAGGUCGAGUUGAGUCAGAUACCGAUUAUUGCAGUAUAUGUGCUUGUUAAAGGUGGCGAACAGACGGGACAGCGGUGACUAUGCCAGGUUUCCGGCGAGAGGAAAUACAGAGACGACCACCACCACCACCACUUCAGCCACCACCUCAACCGGGGUUGUCAAUGUUCCCAUACCAUAUUUCCACAUGCAACAGCAAGAACAACCCGAUUACUUACUCUCCGCGGUGGUGGCGCCGCCCAUGCUAUCAGGGCAAAGUCAAUCCCGGGAGAUGUCGGCGAUGGUGACAGCGCUGACCCACGUGGUGUCGGGCCAGAGACAGAGCGGGCUCUUUAGCGGCGCUGUCGCCUCGUCGUUUUCUCCGGGUGGCUCCGGCAACUUUAUUGAAUCCCCCUCCUCUGCUUAUUCCUCUUCCAGCUCUGGCUCCUGGACUGGGCAGAAACGGAGACGUGAUCGAGAUGACAGCGUCACGCAGUUGUCUGAACAAGCUCAGAGGGUUUAUCGCAGCCUGGGAGAGUCGUCUUCAUCUGUUAAAACUGAACCAGAAGCAGGUACAAGUGCCGCAACACCCACCACCACCGUCGCACCGCCGCUCCCCACCCCGGCAGCCGAACCUCCUCCACAGCCGGAAUACCCCACCAAUUCAUACGAAGAGACCGGAGAACGACGAAGAAAAUACAGAGGAGUUCGGCAACGUCCGUGGGGCAAAUGGGCAGCGGAAAUAAGGGACCCGCACAAAGCCGCCAGAGUGUGGCUCGGCACCUUCGACACUGCCGAAGCUGCUGCUAGAGCGUAUGAUGAAGCAGCGCUGCGAUUUAGAGGUAACCGUGCGAAACUCAACUUUCCAGAGAACGUCAGAAUCUUGCCACCACCUCAGCCCGCCGCCCAAUCCGCACAAGUCGCCGUCAGCCCUCCUCCGCCUCCAAACCCCUCGUCGUCAUUCUUCCAGAGCACCGCCAGGGAUUACUGGGAAUACUCGCAGUUGCUUCAAAGCACCGGCGAUUACCAUCCACAGCAAUCAACAACUUUGUUCGAGCAAAUGCUUUAUGCAUCAUCAUCGUCGGCCGCCGGCCUGUAUUCACACACACACGCGCUAGACACUUCCUCCUCCACGUCUUCGCCGUCAUUUUUCUCUCUAUCAACUUCUCCAUAUCCCUUGCUCUUCUCUAGUGGUCAAACAAUACAUUUCACACCACAGGGAAGUAAUCAAGAAACUCAAGCCGGCACUAGCACCUCCAGUUUCCCAGCACCGCCGUGGACCUCCGGCCACUAUCCACCGUCCUCCACUUCUUGAUAUAUAUAUAUAUAUAUAUAGAUAUAGUAUAUGAAUAUUUUUUUAGUUGAAAAUUAUACAAACCCAUGUAUUUAUUUUCACUGUUUUAUUAAUUAUAUUUUUUGAUUAGUUUUCAAUAAUUUGCAUCUUUAUUUAUGUAGGUUAGGCGCUAUAUACGAUUGAGAUACGAUACUGAUCAUACUCGGUUUUCUUUGGUUUGUCAUCUUUUGCAA